CUCCAGGACCCACCACGCCCUCAAGGCAGCCCCUUCUUUCAGGAAGCUCCCAGUCUGCUGGGGAGGUGGCCGUGUCCCAUGAGCAUUUAUGACCUAGAAACGCAGAGACCAGGUCAUGAAUGAGGGGAACAGGAGCCCCCAGUGGACGUACUUAAGCUACCUGGCAAGAGGGGGCAAAAGGGCCUCUCUGAGGAGGUGAUUUCUGAGCUGAGUCUUAGAAGAAAGGGGGUUCUCCAGCAGGCCUUGGUGGCCCAGCAUGGCCCACUGAGGUGAACCAUGACCAGUUGGCCAACACUCGCCACUGACCACUCAGAGACGCAUCUCACCAGGAGGUGACCCCUCCUCCAACGGACCCCCGCCCCCCGCUCACCCACCCCUCCCAGGAAAGUGCCCGCGCCGCCACAGACACCAUGUAGUAGGGCCGGCUGCGGCGCCCAGUGAGCUGCGAUGGUUUUGUACACGGCCCCCUUUCCCAAUAGCUGUCUGUCCGCCCUGCACGCCGUGUCCUGGGCCCUCAUCUUCCCAUGCUACUGGCUGCUGGACCGGCUCGUGGCCUCCUUCAUACCCAUUGCCUGCCAGAAGCGCCAGCGGGCAGAUGACCCGUGCUACCUCCAGCUGCUUUGCACCGUGCUCUUCGCGCCCGUCUACCUGGCCCUCCUGGUCGCCUCGCUGCCCUUCGCCUUUGUUGGGUUCCUCCUCUGGUCCCCACUGCAGUCUGCCCGCCGACCCUACAUCUACUCCCGGCUGGAGGACAAGGGCCCGGCCGGUGGGGCGGCCCUGCUCAGUGAAUGGAAGGGUACAGGUCCUGGCAAAAGCUUCUGCUUCGCCACUGCCAACCUCUGCCUCCUCCCUGACUCGCUGGCCAGGCUCAACAAUGUUUUUAACACCCAAGCACGAGCCAAAGAGAUCGGGCAGAGAAUCCGCAAUGGGGCCAGCCGGCCCCAGAUCAAAAUCUACAUCGAUUCGCCCACCAACACCUCCAUCAGCGCGGCCAGCUUUAGCAGCCUGGUGUCACCGCAGGGCAGUGAUGGCGUGGCCCGGGCUGUCCCUGGGAGCAUUAAGAGGACGGCCUCUGUGGAAUACAAGGGUGACAGCGGGCAUCACUCCAGUGACGAGGCUGCCAACGGCCCGGCUUCCGGGGACCCGGCCGAAGGCGGUAGCCUUGAGGACGCCUGCAUUGUGCGCAUCGGAGGCGAGGACGGGGGCCGGCCCCCUGAAGCUGAUGACUCUGCCUCUGGGGGCCAGGCCAGGAACGGGGCCAGUGGGGGCUCGCGGGGCCAGACGCCCAACCACAGUCAGCGGGAUGGGGACUCAGGGAGCCUGGGCAGCCCCUCGGCCUCCAGGGAGUCCCUGGUGAAGGCGCGGGACGUCGGCAGCGGGGAGCCAGGCGCCACCAACAGCAAGCUCCCCUACAAGGCCUCCGGGGUGAAGAAGGCUGCAGCGCGCAAGAGGCGCCACCCGGACGAGGCCUUUGACCACGAGGUCUCCGCUUUCUUCCCUGCCAACCUGGACUUCCUGUGCCUGCAGGAGGUGUUUGACAAGCGGGCAGCCGCCAAGUUGAAAGCCCAGCUGCACGGCUACUUCGAGUACAUUCUGUACGACGUCGGGGUCUACGGCUGCCAAGGCUGCUGCAGCUUCAAGUGUCUCAACAGCGGCCUCUUCUUUGCCAGCCGCUACCCCAUCAUGGACGUGGCCUAUCACUGUUACCCCAACGGGCGCGGCUCCGAUGGCCUGGCCUCGAAAGGAGCGCUGUUUCUCAAGGUGCAGGUGGGAAGCACACCUCAGGACCAAAGAAUCGUCGGGUACAUCUCCUGCACACACCUGCAUGCCCUGCCAGAGGACAGUGCCAUCCGUUGUGAGCAGCUGGACCUGCUUCAGGACUGGCUGGCUGAUUUCCGAAAAUCUACCUCCUCGUCCAGCACAGCCAACCCCGAGGAGCUGGUGGCGUUUGAUGUCGUCUGUGGAGAUUUUAACUUUGACAACUGCUCCUCUGAUGACAAGCUGGAGCAACAGCACUCCCUGUUUACACACUACAAGGAUCCCUGCCGCCUGGGGCCUGGAGAGGAGAAGUCCUGGGCCAUCGGUACCAUGCUGGACACAGACAACCUCUACGAUGAGGACGUGUGCACCCCUGACAACCUGCAGAAGGUCUUGGAGACCGAGGAAGGCCGCAGGGAGUACCUGGCUUUCCCCACCAGCAAGAGCCCCGGGGCAGGCCAGAAGGGACGCAAGGACCUGCUGAAGGGCAACGGCAGACGCAUCGACUACAUGCUGUACGCAGAGGAGGGGCUGUGCCCGGACUGGAAGGCUGAGGUGGAAGAAUUCAGUUUUAUCACCCAGCUGUCUGGCCUGACCGACCAUCUCCCAGUGGCCAUGCGGCUAAUGGUGUCUGCAGGGGAGGAGGAGGCAUAGACCAGCCACGUCAUUCAGAGCAGUGGGGCCUUGCCAACCCUUUGAGCCGCAGCACCUCUCUGGCCAUGUCCCCUCCAGCGAGCACCAGCGGUGCUGGGGGAGGAGGGCAGAGACCUGGGGGGAGACUUGGUUAGUCCCAGGUGAGCUGGAACCAGCGCUGCCCUGAACCUCUGGGCACUCACUGUGGACAGAAGGGUCAGGCUGGUCUUGGGAGCCACAGCUGCCCAACAGUGCCAUUCUUUCAAAACAUGAUUUUCUACAAAUCUA